CAAUCCGGAAUCGGAAUUAAUCACUUUAGAAGUGCCGAGUACGAAAAACAGAAAAGUGUUUUCGGUACAUAUUCUCCACUUAACCCGUGUUGUCUUCGAAGCUUUGAUCGUGUUAAAAGGCCAUCUAGCUUUUGGAAAUCAUGCCGGGAUGGUGCAGGUGCUGUCUCGCAGAGGACAUCGAAAUGUCGAAUGUCUUCGGUACGCUGUUGGAGUUUGAAAGCCAAAUUUGUGAUAUGCUAUCGCACUACGGAGGCAUUCUGAUUUCAGAACAAGAUUUCCUGUCGAAGGACAUCUGCCAGACGUGCUUAAAUAAUUUAACGAUAGCGGCUCGUUUUCGGGAUCAAUGCCAAAAGACGGAAGAGUUUUUGAAAAACAACAAAUUUGGCUUGGUCGAAAAACCACUGAAAGAAACCAGUCCUAAUCUAGACCCAGAUUCAGAAUUUACCAGAUCUCCAUCACCCAGCGCAAUUCAAAUUAAAACAGAAAUAGUUGACACGGAAUGCGAAGAUCAGUAUUCUCAAUGUCUUGAGGAAGUUUCUACGGAAGAACCUACUGAACCGCCAAAUGAACAACCAACGGCUGAACUGGCGGAAGAAUCAAUGCCUUCUGAAAACUCCGAACCGGACGUUGGUUUUUUCAAAAGGCACCAGUACUUCAAAUGUGAUGAAUGUGGCAAAUUGUUCAUGCAAAUCGAUAACUUUGAGCGGCAUGUGUUAUCUCACAAAAGUCGCCCGCACAAGUGUGGCUUGUGCGGUAAAAAAUACUUUCAAACCGGCCACUUCUUGAGGCACGUAAAGAACCACAAAGGUCCGGUACGGCGGUAUAAAUGUGAGGUGUGUGGAAAGGAAUUCAUUGAAAAUGGUCAUCUGGCGCGCCAUAUGCGCAUUCACACCGGAGUCCGACCGUACAGUUGCAGUGCAUGUGGUAAGGAAUUUGUUCAAAGUGGUAACAUGAAGCGGCACAUGUUAACCCACGAUCAAGUCAAACAACACUUCAAAUGUGGUGAGUGUGAUAAAGAAUUCAUUCGCCUUAAGCACUUUCAACGCCAUAAGCUGGUUCAUGCUGGCUUAAAACCACACAAAUGUGACAUAUGCGAUAAGGAAUUUGUGCUUCCGGGAAAACUAGAACAUCACAUGCUGCUUCACACCAGAAAUGUGAGACCCCAUCAGUGCCAUGUCUGCGAAAAAACAUUUGUUUCCAAGGUACUGUUCAAGAAGCAUCUGGACAGGCAUGGCAAUGCUGCGAAAAUAACUAAUUCAAUGAAGUAAUUUUAUUUAUUAUGUAUCCAAAGUAUCAAAUGUACCUACACGAAAUUUGAUCUAAUCAAAGACCUGUUACGGUCUAGAUAAAUCCAAAUUAAUUUAUUCAUUAGCCCGUAUGAAUAAAACCGUUUGCUUUGCUAUGGAGGAAGCAAAGUAAACUGUUCUAUUCAUAUGGCCCAUUCAGUCUGAUUUAAAAUUCAAUGAACUAGUAGAUUUACAGAGACUAUAAAUUACAGAGGCGCCGAGACACUCAACAUCCACUAAAUUUUGAAACAAAACGGA